AUGGCCAGCAGCUCUGAUGUGGUGAAGAGAGUGACGAAGUUCAAACUUCAGCUCGCGGACACAGCAGAGUCUGAAACGGUUCUUAGAAUCUUGCAGAAACUCAAGGAUAUGAAUAUCACACUAGAGGUGCUUUCUGAAACUGGAAUUGGGAAAAUCGUUAACUCCUUGCGCAGACAUGAGAAGGCCGGAGAACUUGCCAAGUCGUUAGUUAGAGGUUGGAAGAAACUUCUCUCUAAGGAGGGCACAAGCCUCACAGAAGAUGCGUCAGAGACGUUUUCUGUUAAAGACAAACUGGAUGACCAAAAGUCUCCGGACGCUGGAGCUUUGACAACAGAUUUAAACAACAACAACUGCGAAGCAUCUCACAGCAAGAGUCAGGAUUCUUCAGAUGAAGCUGUCAAAACAGGGAGUAAGAAAGAGAAAGAACGGUGUGAAGAGCAGAAAGGAAAAAAGAAGGAAAAUCCAACAAAAACUGAACAAGUAAAGGAGCAUAUUGUCCAGAGUGAUGUCUUGGAAAAGAAAACUGAAUCAGAUGAAAUGGAUGAUUCUUUUGCUUCCAAGAAAAAUUAUAAUAGAGACAGAAAAUCAAGAGACGGCAACCAAAACCCAGAGGAGGCUCAUCUGAGAUCCAGUGACAAAUACUCAAAAGCUUUAAUACUGACCAAUGUUGGAGAUGACGAAUCUUCAGGAAUACCAAGGAGCUCAGAGUCCCGGAAGAGAAAAAGGAAGAAAACGAGUAAAGAACGGAACCUUGCUGUCAACCACGAACCAGAGUCUGAGAAAAAGGGAUGUUCAAAAAACAAAAAGUCCAAAAUGAAACCCAAAGAUGAGGGAGGUGGCGUUGACCGAGAGGAGGCCUCCAAGUCUUUCGAAUCGUUCUUGAACUAUGACGUGAACGUGUCUAAGAAGAAAGAAAGAUGUGGAGCUAAGAAACCAUCCAAAAAACUCAAGAUUAAAGUAAAAGAGGAGGGGACGAAACAUCCUGAUGUUAAACCUUUCAAAUUAUCUGCAAAUGGUAGUCCUCUGAAACAGAGAUUUCAGGAUUCUGUCAUGGAGUUGAUGAGCAUCCCUUUACCGGCGUCUCUGCCUGAAUGCGAAAAGCCAUCCUGUGUUGAUUACGUUGACAUGAAAGUCGAGAAAGAGUCGGAUUUCUGUGACGUCUCUGAGGAGCAUGCCAUGUUCACUGGUCAGCGGCUCAACAAGAAGAUGCAAGUGUACUCAGGCGCCAAGACCGUCUUCCUCCCAGCCAUGCUGAGCUUGUACCAGCAGUGUAUCCGCACCCUCCAGAACAAUAUUGGCAUGCUUCAUGAAACUGGCGGGGUCCCGUUUGAAAUCCUCGAGCCAGUGCUGGAGAGGUGCACCGCGGAGCAGCUGCUACGCAUUGAGGAGUGCAACCCAAUCUACGUUGGAGUGACAGACCAUUUAUGGGGUAAACACUGUCAGAGGGACUUCAAGCACUCCAGCCUUCAGGAGUAUGAAUCGUGGAAGGAGAUGCACGUGAGGCUGUCGGAGGAGAGGGAGAGGAAACUGCAGAGACUGACAAAAACCAUCGUUUCUGCACAUUCUGUUAAACCUAAAGGUCGGCAGGUGAAGAUGGCAUUUAUUCACACUGUUGCCAAGCCACCGAGAGAUGUGCGAAUUCAGCAGGAGAUUCAUGGAACUGCUAGUCAGCAGCCUCAUCCGCCCAGGUGCAGUGUCAAGGUUGAAGACAACAGAUUGCGGCCAAGUUGUAGUGAGCCCAUCAGGCCCAGCAGCUCCAGUUCUGGGGGAAGCACUACUCAAGACCCCCGCAAAAAAACAAGAGUUGCUCCAAUGAUGGCAAAGUCCUUGAAGGCAUUUAAGAAGCAGCUGGGGCGAAGAUAA